AUCCUCCUCCAAGUACUUUUUUUCCUCUAAUUUUCUUCUUUAUUUCGAUCAUCAUUCACAUGACGCAACACAAAUCUUUUUCUCACUUUUGCCUCACAAGUUAUUAUUAAAGUAUUUAGAAAAGAAACAAAAACAAAAUAUAGAGAGCUGCGAAUUCGGCUGCCAUGUAAGCAUAAACACAACACAAAGCAUGAUUGUUGUGUCAGAAGACUAGCUUUUGUGGCUCUAUAUAAGAGACACUAUCUUCGUUUUGUUCUCUUUGUCCCUCUCUACCUUUCCUACAAAUCUCUCUCCCUUACAAACAUAUAAACACACUUCACUUCUUCUUCACCCGAUUCCAACACUCUUACCUAAAGCUUUCACAGUGCAAGGUUUAUCGAAAUGGAGAGGCUAAACUCGAAGCUUUACCUGCAAAACUGUUUUAUAAUAAAGGAGAAUGAGAGGUUGAGGAAGAAAGCUCAGAUUCUGAACCAGGAGAAUCAACAGCUUCUCUUGGAGCUCAAACAGAAGCUCUCCAAAACCAAGAACUCUAAUGGAUCAAAUCAAGGAAGCAACAGCAACCUCUCUUCGUCAAGUUCUGCUUCUGGACAAUCCUGAUUAUGCAGCAAAACUCUUAGGACAAGAAUUGGAUAUGGUAGACCGGAAAAUCAUCAUGACCCUCCCAGCUCAAUUAGAAGAACCCAUAUUAUCUUAUUUCUUUUUUUUAUUAGUGUAAUAUUAGAAAAUGGUUAGUGGUGUUAUUAAGGUUAUCAACUAGUUUUAUUGUUGUUUAAUUUUAUUUUAAUUUGUGGGUUCUUCUAGUUUAUUUACUACAAAAAGGACAAAAGUGUAGUGUCUCUCUGCCUAUCUUCUCAGAGGGAUAUUUUACUUUUGUUUCCAUUUAUAUGUUAAUUAGAUUUUCUUUGUUGCCUUUUUCAUGUGGGGUUGGUUUUUUAGGAUUUGGUGGAUUCUGGGACUGCAUUGAUUGUACUACCUUCUGAUCUUCUCUUAAACAACCAGUAUCU